AUGAAGAAGAGACUGGGGAACGAUAACGGUCCUCGCCGGCGCAAGUACCGAGCCAAAGCGCCUGAAGAAUGGCUGCCGUUAGGGGUGCUCGUUCAUGAGAUUGAUGAGCUUAUCGCCGAACACAAAUUGGACCGAGACGCGGUGGAAAUCGAUAUCCUGAAAGUCUUAAAUGACGAAGAGUACAAGGAUACUGCUCAUGCCACCGUUGAGGGAGUGAAAAUUGUCAAACACACGUCCAACGGCGAUGGGCUUGCCAUUUUACCAGCUACUGAGGCCAUCACUAAGCCGCGGGUGGUGGUGGUGCCGUUCACCUAUCCUGGUGAUGAGGUGACGAUCCGGGUGUUUAAGAGCCACCCCACCCACGUUGAGGCCGAUUUGUUGGCAGUGACCAAGCUGCUGGACUUAAGAGACGACUCGCUCAUCAAGUGUGUCUAUUUUGGCCGCUGUCUGGGGUGUCAGUUCCAAAACACUUCCUAUGACAAUCAGCUUGAACUUAAGCGCCAGACGAUCGUCAACGCGUACAAGUUCUUCGCUAAGACCACUAAGAUCCCUGAAGUAUCGCCGACACAAUCGCUGCCGCAACAGUACUACUACCGUACCAAAUUGACUCCACACUUCAAUAUGCCCAUGGCCAAUUAUAAGCACAAUAAGCCGCUUGAGCUGUGUCCUCCGUUAGGUUUUGGAGCUAAGGGGCGUCCUGAAUGGCGUCAAACUCCUGGUGGAUCAGAACUGAUCUUAGAUAUCGAGGAGUGUGUCAUUGGUACUCCAAUCGUCAACGUGGGGAUGAAGAACGAACGGUUACGGCUUACAAAGACGUUUAAGGACUACCGUCGUGGCGCCACCAUCUUGUUACGUGAAGAUACCACUCCGUUGGAUGCUGAUGUUCCCGCAGGUCUGACUGACGCCGAGGGCCAGGUCUCCACCCUUGAAGAGAACGGCUACCGCAAACUGUGUGCCACCAAUACCCGCCAAAUCGUCCACGAAGUCGUCAACGGGUAUACGUUCGAGUUUUCUGCCGGCGAGUUUUUCCAGAAUAACAACCUGAUUCUUCCCGCAGUCACUUCAUACGUGAAAUCACACUUGCUGCUUGUAGGCGUAGAGGAGCCGGUGCUUGUCGAUGCCUACUGCGGUCUGGGUCUUUUCUCCAUCACCUGUUCCGAGGGGGUUUCCCAAGUGAUUGGCGUUGAAGUCAGUGCCGAUCUGGUGGCUUUCGCCAAACGCAACGCUGAAGCCAAUAAAGUCGCCAACGCUCGGUUUGUCGUGGGCAAAGCCGAACAAAUUUUUGAAGGGUUAGACGUCGACGCCAACAAAACUCUGGUAAUUCUCGACCCGCCGAGAAAGGGGUGUGAUGAAGUGUUCCUCAGCCAAUUGGCCACUUUCAACCCCGCAAAAGUCGUCUACAUCUCCUGCAACGUCCACUCGCAAGCCAGAGACGUCGAGUACUUUAUCAAAAACACCAAUGGCCGGUACGUGGUCGAGGAAGUGAAAGGGUUCGACUUCUUCCCCAAUACCCACCACGUGGAGCUGGUGGCUGUGUUGAAGCGGGUGUGA